AUGGCCUCCGCCGUCGCCAGUAACCUCCCCGCGGCCGCGCCAGCCGCCGUGCCGGUGCCGUACGGGUGGCUGAGCCCGCGCGUGUCCUUCAGCCGCGACGCCGCCGACCUGGUGGUGGUGGAUCCCGUCGCCAUGGCCGUGGCGGCGACGCCGGAGCCCGCGAUCUCCAAGGACUUCAUCGACUUCGAGUUCAGCCUCGGCGGCUCCGCCACCAUGCUCCCCGCGGACGAGCUCUUCGCCGACGGCAAGCUGCUGCCCCUGAGGAAGGCGGCGGCGGCGGCGCCUCUGCCGGAUCCGGAGGAGGCAAUGGCAAUGCCGGCGCCCAGCACGGAGCCGAUCAAGCCUCUCCGCGCCGCGGCGGUAGCGGCGGCGGCUGACGGCACCGACCCCUACGCGUUCUCGCCCAAGGCGCCCAGCUGCUCUAGCCGCUGGCGCGCGCUUCUGGGGCUCAAGAGAGCGGCGGCGGCCGCGCAGAGCCCGAGCGCCAAGGCGUCAGCGUCUCCGUCGCCGUCGCCCACGGCGGCGAAGACCCCCGCGCCGGCGAGGGCGACGAACUCCGCGGCGGCGAGGUCGCUGAAGCUCCUGCUCCAGCGGAACACCACCGGGCGCGCGUCGGGCGCCGCGGCGUCGGACCUCGCGUCGGCGCCGCUCCUCCUGCGCGACAGCUCCGACUCGGAGGCGUCGCUGUCGCUGGCGUCCUCCCGCUUCUCGCUCUCCUCCUCGUCCUCCUCCUCCGGGCACGACCACGACGACGUGCCCCGCCUCUCGCUCGACUCCGCCGCCGCCGACCCCAACCCGGCCCGCAUCCGCCUGGUCCGCCGCUCCUCCCACUCCAACCACCGCCACUCCACCUCUUCCUCCUCCAACACCCCCCGCGCCUGGCGCAGCCCGGCCCGGCGCCGGCCCUCGCCGCCGCCACCCCUGCGCUGCCUCUCCGUGGACUCCCCGCGCAUGAACUCGUCGGGCAAGAUCGUGUUCCAGGGGCUGGAACGCAGCUCCAGCUCCCCCUGCAGCUUCCACGCGGCGUCCAAGUCGCGGUCCCGCGCGGCGGUGGACCGGUCCUACUCGUCCGGCGUCCGCGUGGCGCCCGUGGUGCUCAACGUGCCCGUGUGCUCGCGCCCCGUGUUCGGCUUCUUCAAGGACAAGAAGGACACCGCCUCGGCCAAGGACGCCGCGGCGGCGGCGGCCGCGAGGUCCCGGUCGUCGCUGGGGCGGAAGGCGCAAGCGUGGAGCGGCGAGCUGGCGAGAUCCUCCGGCUGA